CUUCAUCAGCAUAUCAAAAGGCAACCAGAUCCACUUACCCUGCAGGGCCGAGCACUGGCCCAUGAGGUAGUGGACUUACUACGUGGAGUCCCACAGUCUCCAGAGGUUAAAGAACUAAGGCGACUUUUACGAGGUCCUCACGUCAAGGCCUUACUAUCCGCUCACGAUACAGUGGCUCAGAAGAAUUAUGAACCCAUCCUUCCUCCUCUGCCUGACAACAUCCCUGAAAAUGAGGAAGCCAUGAGGAUUGUCUGCCUGGUGAAAAACAAGCAACCCCUUGGUGCCACUAUUAAACGCCACGAGCUAACAGGAGAUAUCACAGUAGCGCGAGUAAUCCAUGGAGGACUGGCAGACAGAAGUGGGCUGCUGUAUGCUGGAGACAAACUGGUAGAAGUGAACGGCGUUCCUGUGGAGGGCCUGGAACCGGAGCAAGUAAUCCACAUUCUGGCUCUGUCACAAGGAACAAUUAUGUUCAAGCUGAUUCCAGUUUCUGAUCGGCCAGUCAGCAAUCAAACAACACUCUAUGUCCGAGCGAUGGCGGAUUACUGGCCUCUCCAGGACCCAGCCAUUCCAUGUGCUGAUGCAGGGCUGCCAUUUAAAAAGGGAGACAUCCUCCAAAUCGUGGACCAGAAUGAUGCCCUGUGGUGGCAAGCUAGGAAAGUCUCAGACCUCAGUGCCUGUGCUGGACUCAUCCCUUCAAAUCACCUUCUAAAAAGGAAGCAGCGAGAAUUCUGGUGGUCUCAGCCUUUCCAACCUCACACUUGCCUCAAGUCAACCAUCUUGAGCACUGUGGAAGAAGAAGAUGAUAUGCAGAUUGACGAGAAGUGUGUCGAAACAGAUGAGGAGACUUUUGAGUCUGAGGAGCUUAAAGAAGAAGAGGAAGAAUUCAGUGGAUCUGGUCAGCAGGUCUUCAUUACUGGUUUCCGGAGAAGCAUGCGCCUGUGUCGCAGAAAGGCUCGAAACAGCCACCUGCCGUGUUAUGCCCGGUGCCCGGGCGGUUGUUUCAGUGCUGUAGCAGCCCCGUAUGAAGAGGUGGUGAGAUACCAGAGACUACCUGGGGAUCGCAACAGGUUAAUUGUCCUAGUAGGUCCUUCAGGUGUGGGAGUGAAUGAGCUACGGAGGCGACUUAUUGGAAUAAACCCUCAUCACUUUCAAAGUGCAGUGCCACAUACAACCCGUCCUCAAAAGAGCUAUGAAGUGAAUGGCCGAGAAUAUCACUAUGUACCAAAGGAGACAUUUGAAAAUAUGGUGUACAGUCACAGAAUGUUGGAGUAUGGAGAGUACAAGGGAAACCUGUACGGUACAAGCAUUGAUGCAGUGCGGGCAGUUCUGGAUGCUGGGAAGAUCUGUAUUGUGGAUUUAGAGCCUCAGAGCAUUCAGUUGGCUCGUACCCAUGAACUGAAGCCCUACAUUAUAUUUAUUAAGCCCUCCAGCAUGAGCGGCAUGAAGCAGUCUCGAAAAAAUGCUAGAAUGAUUACAGACUACUAUGUCAACAUGAAAUUCAAGGAGGAAGACCUGCAGGAGAUGGAAGAGUCAGCCAAGAAAAUGGAAACUCAGUUUGGUCAGUUCUUUGAUCACGUGAUUGUGAAUGACAACUUACAGGAGGCCUGCAUGCAGCUACUCACGGCUGUGCGCCGAGCCCAAGAUGAGCCUCAGUGGGUCCCAGCAACAUGGAUAUGCUCAGAAAACCAGCCAUAAGUCUCGGUACUAGACUGUUUUACAAAGAUCAUAGUUUAUGCCUCACUACAACAUUAAGUGUGAUCUUGGGACUGCCACAGCAAAUGUAUCUUUGUUUCAAAGGGAUCCUGGAGAGGAUUAGGCGAAAAGCUGUUACAAGGUACUGUAUAAACAUACCAGCGAUAUUCCUACAUCACUUGAAGCCAUGACCUAUGGUUUUGAAAACCUGGAUGUGGCCAAGCUGAGUGCUGGCCAGAUUUUUACUCUCACUUGGUGCAAGGAGGUAAACAAACCAGAAGUGGGAGAGUUUUGUGUUACAUCCCAGUCCCAGGUUAAUGUGCCCCAUAAAAACAGGAUUUGUAAGAAGACGACAAACUUUCAUUUCAGAUUGUAUAAUAGUAGCAAUCUUAGAACUGCAGAGUUAGAAGCAACACUAGAGAAUCAUUGAGUCCAGCCCCUGUCAAGGAGUCACGGUGGGGAAUUGAACCCCCAACCUCUGCCACUGUAGCUGGAGACUUUAAUAAACCAGUGAGCUGUCUGUCCACCGGCUCUCAGUGGUUUAAUAAGCCACAGUUAAUGACUUAAAAGUGAGUGCAGUUCCUGUCUUGUGUGGCAUGCUGAAGCAUUGUAUAUCCAGUAAUAUUAAUUUUGUACAGAAAAAAAGUGCUACACUGUAGUAAGAAUAUAAUUUAAUUGUUUUAAGGAGAAAUAAAAUAAUUUAUUUUGUUGCA